GUCAGUACACCGUAAUAUAUUUCCUGGAUAUCUGGUCACGUGCAAAAAGCUGAGUAAACACCUCACCAGCUCCCACCCAGUAUAAAUAGUAAAGUCCUUCCAUUUCACCUUCCUCUUUUUUUUCCCCUUUUUUCUUCUUAUUUUUUUUCUCUCUCUCUCAAUUAGAACUGUAGUAACCCAGAAAUAUCCCCUUUUCCCAUUUGGCGAGCUUACGUUUUCGGAUCGCUUUCUCUCUCCUCUCUCAACCCACCAACAUUCUUCUUCCUCUUUUCUGCUUCACUCCUUCAAUCAAGCUUCUGGGUUCGGAUCGAAGUUUCUUUCUAUCUCCUCUCUCCUUUCUAUGGCGGACAGAGGAUCUAUGAAUACUCCUGGAAUUCGUUUAGAUAUCCAACAACUACAAUUAGAAGCCCAACAUCGAUGGUUGCGACCGGCUGAAAUUUGUGAGAUUCUCAGGAAUUUUCAGAAAUUUCAAAUUUCUUCAGAACCUCCAACCCGUCCUUCAAGUGGGUCGCUUUUUCUUUUUGACCGAAAGGUUUUAAGAUACUUCAGGAAGGAUGGCCACAAUUGGCGGAAGAAAAAGGACGGAAAGACAGUGAAGGAAGCUCAUGAGAAGCUAAAGGUUGGAAGUGUUGAUGUGCUGCACUGCUACUAUGCCCAUGGCGAAGAUAAUGAUUGUUUCCAGAGGCGCAGCUAUUGGUUGCUAGAAGAGGAGUUCAUGCAUAUUGUUUUUGUGCAUUACUUGGAGGUUAAGGGUAACAGGAGCAGCAUGAGAGAUACUGAACCAGUAGUUUCCAGUCCCCAGUUCAGCAACUCUGUGUCCAGCAGUAUUUCAAACAGUUACAAUGAAGCUUUUACUGGAAAUGCUGGAUCGCCAAGUGCAGUUAGUUCUCUGACUUCUUCGUAUGAAGAUAUUGAAUCUGAGGAUAAUCACCAAGCGAUGUCAAAGUACCCUUCACCUCUUAACUUCCCACUUGUGGAUGACAGUUUUGAAAAUAACAAGCUGGGUUCCCUCAUGAAUUCUAACUUUCUUCCUACUUACCCUGACGACUAUAAAGGGGGCCGGCUUUCAGGUCCAGGAUUAGAUUAUGUUUCACUUGUUCAACGAGGAGCUGGAACUAAUGAUUAUAAUCAAUUAAGAACACUUGACUUGGGAAGCUGGGAAGAAGUCUUUCAACAGUGUACUAAUGACUCGGGAAAUUUACCACAUAAUCCAUUAAUUUCUGGUGCUCCUCUUGUUGGAAGCACUAAUGGCUUCAAUGAGAGUUUCACCCAGCUUCUGGAUUCUGGUUUCGGUGUCAAUAGUGCAUCAGCAGGUUCUUUAGCCCCAUUCUUGCAGAAUAACAACCCAUUGGAGUUUUCUAGCACUGAAUUCCAGGACAAUACAAACAUUUCUACUACUGCUAAGCAGCCAUUGCUGGGAAAUAUUAGAGCCGAGGAGGGCCUGCAAAAAGUUGAUAGUUUCAAUAAAUGGAUGACCAAGGAAUUAGCUGGUGUAGAUGACUUGGAUUUGAAGUCGUCUUCCAAUCUCUCAUGGCAGAAUAUUGAAUCUGCCUCAGCUGUUGACGAUCCCUCAAUACAACUAGAGAACUACUCAAUGAGUCCCUCAAUUGGCCAAGAUCAGCUCUUUGACAUUCAAGACUUCUCACCAAGCUGUGCUUCCACAGACAGCGAAACAAAGGUCGUGAUCACUGGAAAGUUUUUGGUCAGUCCCUCAGAUGUGUGCAAGUAUAAAUGGUCAUGCAUGUUUGGGGAAGUGGAGGUGCCUGCUGAAGUUCUCGGUAAUGGUGUUCUAUGUUGUUAUGCGCCACUGCACAGUGUUGGACAAGUCCCUUUCUAUGUAACCUGUUCUAACAGGUUUGCUUGUAGUCAAGUGCGUGAAUUUGAAUAUCUUGUGGAGGGUCAAAAGGCCAACAUCAUAAAUGGUUCUGGAAACAGUAUGACAGAGAAGCAGCUUUGGCUCCGACUUCAGAAGCUACUAUCUCUGAGUUCUCAUGGAAAUUUUGAUUCUACUUCUGAGAACAUUAGAAAGAAGGAGCCUAUUUUCAGGAAAAUAUUUCUGUUAAUGGAAGAUGAACUCUGUUUGGGGGUUGAACUGCAUUUGAAAGAAAAAGUGGUAUCUUGGCUGUUCGACAAGGUAAGUGAUGAUGGCAAAGGGCCAAAUAUGCUUGAUGAAGAGGGGCAAGGAUUGCUUCAUCUAGCUGCAGCUCUUGCUUUCGAUUGGAUUAUCCCUCCAACUUUAGCUGCUGGUGUUAGUGUGAAUUUCCGGGACAUAAAUGGAUGGACAGCUCUCCACUGGGCCGCAUUCUAUGGAAGAGAGAAGACUGUUGCUUUCCUAGUUGCACUAGAAGCUGCAUCAGGAGCACUAACAGAUCCUUCACCAGAAUUUCCUUUGGGUAGAACUGCUGCUGACCUGGCUUCAGCUAAUGGAUACAAAGGAAUUUCUGGUUUCCUUGCAGAACAUUCCUUGACUGCUCACCUUGAGACCCUUACGAUGACUGACCGAAAAAAAGAUAGUCCAGUUGAAAGCUCUAUGAGCAAAGCUGUACAAACAAUGAGAGAGAAGGUGGUAACUCCUGGUGAUGAAGGUGAUGGGUCAGAUUUGUCACUGAAAGAUUCCUUGGCUGCUGUUCGCAAUGCCACUCAAGCUGCUGGUCGUAUCCAUCAAGUUUUCAGGAUGCAGUCAUUCCAGAGGAAGCAAGUUAGUAAGGGUGUUGGCGGUGAUGAGUCUUUGCUGAGUGAUGAACAGUUUCUUUCACUUGUAUCAUCCAAAAUAAAGAGGCCUGGGCGCCCUGAUGAGCAAUCUCAUUCAGCUGCAACACAUAUACAGAAAAAAUUCCGUGGUUGGAAGAAGAGGAAAGAAUUUUUGAUUAUUCGAGAAAGAGUUGUUAGGAUCCAGGCCCAUGUAAGAGGUCACCAGGUGAGGAAACGAUACAAACCAGUUGUCUGGUCUGUGGGAAUACUGGAGAAAGCGAUUCUGCGGUGGAGACGGAAAGGGCAAGGACUGCGUGGGUUUCGAUCUGAUGCCCUCAACAAAGCAUCAAGCACACAAGGGACACAAGUUGUACAGAAAAAGCCUUCGGAAGAAGAUGAUUAUGAUUAUCUGAAGGAAGGAAGGAAACAGACUGAAGAACGGUUGCAAAAAGCGCUUGUCAGGGUGAAGUCCAUGGUUCAAUAUCCCGAGGGAAGAGCACAGUAUCGAAGGCUUCUGACAGCUGUAGAAGGUUUUCAGAAGAAUCAGCAGCCAUACGACAACAGCACCUUAAACAGCUCAGAAAAUGUACCAGCUGAAGGUGAAGAUGACAUGAUUGAUGUUGAUAGCUUACUGGAUGAUGACAACUUCAUGGCUAUAGCAUUUGAAUGAUUUUUAUUUCAUUUUCGUUCUAAUUUGUACAACUUGUACAUAAAGUAAACUUGUCUGCACCUUAAUUGGACAUAUUAAUAGAUUCCCAUGUAAAUAAUUAUAUAUAGCAUUGGUUAGGAGACCCUUAAUAGAAGACUGAUGUGUAGAAGGCAGGCAUGCUCCAGUUUGACGCCACAGGUUAGAACUAGAAGCUCGAUUGACAAAAAAAAAUGAGAUUGUUAGAUAUGUGUAUGAUCUUUAGCUUACUCGUAAUUUAUCUUUUAAAUCCUGUGUGCAUGCCAAUCAGAAAGGUUUUAGUAUGAAAAUAUGAUGAGACAGUUGGAUCUGUUUGCUUAUUACUCAGUUUGACUGCAAUUUGAUGGGAUACACAGCAGCUGGCCGAGCUAAUUGGCAUAAGCACUGCCAAAUUAGUAAGUUACACAGCUGCUUAAAUUUAAAAUUGGGGCAUGAACCAGCUCUUGCUUGUGAUAGUUUCAAGAUGACAAGAUUGAUGUUGCUCUAGAUGCUUUUGUUUUUGAUAAAUUUUGUUUUUGGCAUAAGAAUGUGUACUUCACAAAUGCUAAUUAAUACAAGUUUAUUACAUUACUUGUUUUCCUUA